UUUGUGAAAAAAAACAGCUGGUUUUUUUUCAUAUCCGUUGCCUUUUUAUCAUCAUCAUCAUCAUCAAUGGUUGUUGGUUGUCGUUAUGGCAAUAACAUGGAGGAUAUUCUUUUAUCAUCUUGUGGUAUUUGUAGAAAAAUGAUGAUAAUGAUGAUGAUGAUGAAUGCAAUAUAGAAACAAAACAAAACAAAAUUAUUGAGUAUUUUGACAUUCACACAUACAUGAUGUCCAAAUGUGAUUUUCAACAGUCAACUAAAUUUUUUUACGGGUUUUGAUUGAUUUCAUUUCAAUUUUUUUUUUUUUUUAUCAUCACCAUCACCAUCAUAAUGAUAAUAAACAUGUCGGAAAAUUUCAUGACAAUGGCACCAUCAUCCGAUGAUACGAUUCGAAUGCGAUAUUUGAACCCCACCGAUCUGAAUACUAUACGAAUGCUUUGUCAAGAAUGGUUUCCAGUACGUUAUCCAGAUGCAUGGUAUGAAACUAUUGUUAAUAAUCAUAAUCAACGAUUCUGUAGUCUUGUUGCCACUAUUAAUGAUGAAAUUGUUGCAUUAUUGGUCACCGAAAUACGUUGUUAUCAAAAUUUAAAUUAUGAAGAUUUUGGUUUUUUGGCCAAACAUUUUGAACAUCAACAAGAUAAUAAUAUACAAGUUGCAUAUAUAUUAACAUUGGGCGUUAUCAAACGGCUAAGACGUCGUGGUAUUGCAACAUUAUUAGUGAAAAAUUUAAUACAAAAUUUACAAUCAAUAACAACAAUGAAAAAUAAUUGUAAAGCAAUUUAUCUACAUGUUCUAACGACAAAUAUGUAUGCAAUACGUUUUUAUGAAAAAUUACAAUUUCAACGUUACAAAUUAUUACCACUUUAUUAUUCAAUCAAUGAUUGUGCUUAUGAUGGUUAUUCAUAUGUUUAUUAUUUAAAUGGUGGCCAUCCAUCAUCAUGGUGGUGGUUACCAUUGUUUACCAUUCAUCCAAAAUAUCAUUUAUUAAUCAUACGUAAUUCAUUACGUUCAUUUACAAUACAAACAUAUUAUCAAUGUGAUAAUCUUUUUUUGAAGAGCUUUUCAUCAUUAUUAUCAUUUAUAACUAGAUGGCCAUUGAAAUUUUUACGUAAAUUAUUUGAUACAAUCAUUUAUCGUCGUACAUUCAAUAUUAAACAAACAGAUAAUCAUCUUCAUCAUUAUCAUCAUUAUGUUUGUUGACAUACACAAUGAUCUUCCGUUCAGAAUAAUAAAAAAUUUUUGAAUU